AUGACAACCUCCGCAUCAACAUCCCCCCUAUUCACAAUCCACUACUUCGCCGCCGCAAGCACAUACACCACCAAAAACACAGAACUCCUCCCCGCCCCACUCCGCCUGGCAGACCUCUUUCCCGAGCUAGAGAGGAGGUACCCCGGCAUUCGGGAGAAGGUGCUGAUUUCGUGCGCGGUGAGUCUGAAUGGGGGCUAUGUUGAUCAGAAUGAGGGUGGGGAUUCGGGUUUAGGGGGUGAGGGCGGUGUUGUUAUUGGGGAUGGGGAUGAGAUUGCUAUUAUUCCGCCGGUUAGCUCGGGGUGA